CAGAAAACUUUUGUGAAAUAAUAUUUUAAUACGAAAUUUGCAAACAGCGCGAUCGGUUGGACGAUAAAAAUGCAAAUCGUCUACACGCUGGGCAACAAAGUUUUUCUAAUUUGUGUGGUGCUAGGGAUCUUUUUCGUAGUUGAGAGCCAACUAUAUGGCUUGACGGGUCCCAAAAAGUGCCACGAUGUGUGUCCCAUGAGCUAUAGGGUGGUGUGUGCCCUGGACGUCUUAGAUGGAUGUCUGCGGAGUUUUGCCAGCAGUUGUGUCAUGCGAAUGUACAACUGCAAGUACCAGAAAGAUUAUCGCAUUAUAGCAGAACGGGCCUGUGAAUUUAUAACUAACGACGAGCUGCAAAAGCUGGAAAUCUAG